CGAUUCAACAAACAGCCACCUUUCUCAUCGGUUUCAUCAAUUUACUCUCUACUGAAAGAAUAUCUAAUGAUCGAAAGAGAAUCCGUCGAUCCUAUCCGUUGUCCUCCAUUGUGUACUGUAGCUUCAAGAGAAGUGUCAGCAUUGCGGAGGUUAGAUUGGUUGCGGGGCUUGGUUAGAUCCCUGAAUCGUGGUGAACGGAAACCCACGAUAACGUCGCCUAACUGACUUUGAGGUUACGACAAGAGGGGGUUGAUUGUUUUUCCACUGAUCUACUAGGAUGAAGCUCGAGCAGGAAAUCCGGAUUGUUUCUGGAAACGCCGACAGCAGCGCAGAGUCGGAUAUUCUAGACACCCACGAAAUUUCCAUACAGUUGUCUGGUACGACGAGCACCAAUGAAUCAGACCAUUCCUCGUUUCGCCCGUCUGUAGACGACACCAGCGUGGAGGGCUGCUCGAUUGAACAGGAGGAUCAGCUACCGAUCAUGAAGAUAAAGGACAAAGAUAACGUCGGGAGCCGCUGCUAUCUUAUAUUCUGUCGAGGAUGGUACGGCUGCCAUGGAUACAGUCGCGUUAUCGAAGCCUGGCCUCGAACCUCGGCUUUUGUAUUCGGAGUUGUCGUUCCACUUUUCACUUUAGUUGCCGUGGCGCUACUUUUUGGGUUUUUCCUAUCCAAACUGGAAGGCCCACCCGAAAUCGAAGCCAACGAUCAUCUUUUGGCGGCCCAUACGGAAGCUGAAACUCUGGUGACCAUCGUGAGCAACUUUACUGGACUAUUACCCCAACUGUGUAUCAAAUUGUAUUUCGACAACCAUUCCAUUUUAGAGCUGGGUCCCGCGUUGUUCGAUCGUCUAGUAGACGGUGCUCUCGAUGAAUCUGAGGAUUUGAAGGUGGAACAGUUGGUGAACCGCAGUCUUUUGUCGAUCGAUACGGAGGAGCUUUAUACCUACAUGGAAGCUUGUGGCAACGAUGCAAAACCGAUCACGAGCUUUUUGGCGGAACGUGCAGCUAAUGCAUCUAAGCGGGUUAGUGGAGACUUAAGUUUUAAUUGGGUACGAUGCUAUCCGGGUGCGGAUGGUCUGGGGGGGACCGGUCAAUCCGACAUUUGGGCUACUGGUCAAAGCAUCGAAGAAAUUCGUCCCGCGGCUCAAGUACAGCAUUUUCAAAGGGUAUGGGAGUUGGAUCGGCAGCGCAUAUACCAUGAAACAUUGAGAGAAUCUUUGAAAGAUCCGCAUUACCGUGGUUCAGCGGGGGCGCUUAGAUUAGCCGCGUUUGAUUAUUCCAUUGCACAAGCAUCGGGGGCCGUAGGGUGUGAACUGAACGGGGUCUCAGCAACAUGGUUCUGGUUCACAGUGAUGACAACAAUUGGAAGAGCUCAAAACUCCAUCUUCUUAGGUUAUGGGAAUCACGCUCCAGUCACUGACGGUGGUAGAACGAUGAUCUUCACACUCGGGUUCAUGAGUGUGAUUUUGUUUGGAGCAGUUCUAAGUCAAGCUGGUGCUGUAGUUUCGGCUAUUUUAGACGAUAGUGUCAAAAGAAUCCGACUGCAGGUUCUCUCGUGGCCUUCCGUCUCUUGCCUCAUCUGGGGUUCUCUAUACUAUGCGUGGAUGCUUGUGAUUGCAUUUGUGACGCAGCAGUGGAAAGUGGGUCGAUUGGGAGAAGCAUUUCCGUUCAACGAAGGCUACUGGUUUGCUUUUAUCAGUACGACAACAGUUGGAUUAGGUGACGUUUUUUUGGAGCCCGAAGUGAUUCGCGGAGAUGAUUUGAUUGUCUUUCCCCCCUUGUUUUUAAUCGGAUUUGUUUUCUUUGCUGCUUUUCUUCGAAAAUUCGCCGAGAUGGUGCUAUUUGCACUUGCGAAGGAAAACAAGAAGACGCUGAUACAGUCUCUUCUAUCACGGUUGGAAUCGACAAAUGGACUUCCCACUGUUUUGAUCGCGCCAGGAAUGGAUCCUGAUGCAGACAAUGAAAGGAAGGAUCCGCAGGAAAGCAUUGGUGUAUAGACAUAUUUCGUAAGAAAUUGGUCAAGUUAAAGUAUUGGCGCUUUUCAUAUUGCCUCAUCAGAUGUUCUGUCACAGUGUGGAUUCUUUUCAUUCCUUUCCAGUCUAUCAUUGCCUAGCAGCGAUUUUAAGGUUUCCCAUGUGUGGCUUACAAGAGAUUUU